GUAUUUUUUAGCUAUAUUUUUUGGAAAUCAAAGAUUCCAGACUUUUGUGAUUAUCGUUCUUUUCUAGUGUUCUUUUGAGAUUAUCGUUCUUAUUGUUUGUGUGAUUGGGGUAUUUGGAAUAAAAGUUAAAUUGGCACUUUUUGAUCUAGAAUAUGAAUUACUUGAUUGAAGUUUGAAUUGAAUGAUUAUGACAUUGGCAAAUUAUAGAGUUUUUUGGCAUUUCUCUUUUUUAACAUUAUGUAUUGUUAUUUGUUUCAUUAUAUGUUGACAUGUUUGUCAUUAUACAUUGUCAUGUUUGGCAUUAUGUCCUUAUUUCACACUUUAUGGACAAUUAAUCUGGUACUAUGGUGACGACAGUAGGAGAUUUUCUUUUGAUUUAUGAUCUAGAGAUGUUAAUGUUGGUUAAGAGAAUUAAAGAGUGACUUUUUUGCAAUCUUAAAAAUUAAAAUACGGGUUUACUUUUUUAUGUGAGGGGUUUUCAUUUUCUUGAGGUUCUGAACCCGCUAUCUUCCAAACUCCUUUCUAGUAAUUGGAUGUAUUGCAAACCUGAAAAUUUUAUGCUUUGGAAUGUGAGGUGAAAUUUGUGGCGGCGGCGACAAUGGCGGUGAGUUCCUCCUAUCCACCAGCUACUAAGGCUUCCAUCACCAAUGAGCGCUGUUGUUCAGCACUGGUCGCAGUUUCAAACCAGCAGCACUCACUACUGGACUCUAGGGACCAGUAUCAAAGAGUUGGCGUCCAAUGCACUUGUCUACAGCUCUGGCAGUGGUAUGGACUUCAUCACUUGUUUCAUGCACUUCUGGUUCUUGAAUUACACGAAGAAUAUAUGUUCAGUGGUUGAUGAUUAAAAAUGGAAAAAGAAGUAAAUUUGAAUGGUUUAGAUGCAUCUGGAGAGGGAUUGAGCUUAGUCCUCGGAUGCUAGGCAAUGAAUAAGACAAUAGAAACGACAAAAAAAUGGACGUAGCUCGAAACCAAAAAAUCCUGGGCUAAUGAAACUUGGAGGAGGUGAGAAGUGGAGAAUUUCUUCCACUGUAUAUAUGGAUUAUUGCCCUUUUUGUAGAUUCGGUGAGUCAGUAGCUCCUAUUUUGAGGGUUUUAUCUUUCAACUCAUAUUUUGAGAUUUUAUCAAUGUUUUACUCCUAUCUUGUUUCUUAACCUUAAUUAUUAAUCUAAAAUCUUUGCUAAUUGUUGUGAAAUGUGAAUGAAUUUAUGGUUUUUUA